AUGGUCCAGCAGGCUGUACAGGGAGGAGCUCCAGCUGCUUACGCCCAAGAAAUGGAGAGGCUAAUCGCUAAAGAAUCCCUUCUUCUUGCUAGUGUAGUUUUUGAAUUUGAAUCAUGGACUUUCUAUUUAUCUUGUUCCGAUCUGCAGUCCAUGCAACGAGGCGAUCCAGCUUGGGUUGGUUAUAUAUAUGCCUUCUUAAUCUUUUCUGGAGUGUCAAUUGGGGUGUUGACCGAAUCUCAAUAUUUCCAGAAUGUUAUGCGCGUUGGUUUCCGGCUGAGAUCAACUUUGGUGGCUGCUAUAUUUAGAAAAUCAUUACGAUUGACUCAUGAGAGUCGCAAGAGUUUCUCUACAGGAAAGAUAACAAAUAUGAUUACCACAGAUGCUAAUUCACUUCAGGUAAAUAUGAUUCAGAUUUGUGUACUUUGAUUAAUUAAAUAUCAUUAACAACAAGUAGUGUUGUUUUGUU